AUGUGCAGUACCAACAUGUCUGUACCUACUGAUGUAACCACCUCACAGGUUCCAGCCUCGGAACAAGAGACCCUGGUUAGACCAAAACCUUUGCUUUUGAAGUUGUUAAAGUCUGUUGGUGCACAAAAAGACAUUUAUACAAUGAAAGAGGUUAUAUAUUAUCUUGGCCAGUAUAUUAUGACUAAACGAUUAUAUGAUGAGAAGCAACAACAUAUUGUAUAUUGUUCAAAUGAUCUUCUAGGAGAUUUGUUUGGAGUGCCAAGCUUCUCUGUGAAAGAGCACAGGAAAAUAUAUACAAUGAUCUACAGAAACUUGGUAGUAGUCAAUCAGCAGGAAUCAUCAGACUCAGGUACAUCUGUGAGAGAGAACAGAGGGCACCUUGAAGGUGGGAGUAAUCAAAAGGAUCCUGUGCAGGAGCUACAGGAAGAGAAACCUUCAUGUUCAGAUUUGGUUUCCAGACCAUCUACCUCAUCUAGAAGGAGAACAGUUAGUGAGACAGAAUUAUAUUCAGAUGAAUUCAAUGGUGAACGACAAAGAAAACGUCACAAGUCUGAUAGUAUUUCCUUUUCCUUAGAUGAAAACAUGGCUAUGUGUGUAAUAAGGGGGGUAUGUUGUGAAAGAAGCAGUAGCAGUGAAUCUACAGGGUCUCCAUCAAAUCCAGAUCUUGAUGCUGGUGUAAAUGAUGGGUUAUAUCAAGUUACUGUGUAUGAGACAGGAGAGAGUGAUACAGAUUCAUUUGAAGACGACUCUGCAGUUUCUUUACCUGACUAUUGGAAAUGUACUUCAUGCAAUAAAAUGAAUCCUCCCCUUGUACCACAUUGCAACCAAUGUUGGGUCCUGCGUGAGAAUUGUCUUCCUAAAGAUAAAGAUAGAGGGGCUAUUUCUGAGAAAGCCAAAUUAGAAAACUCAGCACAAGCAGAAGAGGGCUUUGAUGUUCCAGAUUGUAGAAAAACUACAGUGAAUGAUUCCAAAGAGUCACCUGUGGAGGAAAAUGAUAAUAAAAUCACUCAAGCCUCCCAAUCACAAGAACAUGAGGACUACUCUCAGCCAUCAACUUCUAAUAGCAUUAUUUAUAGCAAACAAAAAAAUGUCAAAGAGUUUAAGAGAGAAGAAACACCAAACAAACAACAAAGUAUGGAAUAUAGCUUUCCUCUUAGUGCCACUGAACCUUGUGUGAUUUGCCAAGGUCGACCUAAAAAUGGUUGCAUUGUCCAUGGCAGAACAGGUCAUCUUAUGGCAUGCUUUACAUGUGCGAAAAAGCUAAAGAAAAGGAAUAAGCCCUGCCCAGUAUGUAGACAACCAAUUCAGAUGAUUGUGCUAACUUACUUCCCCUAG